CCACUUCCGAAGAUGACGAGCGGGCGCCGAAGCCCAGCUAGCAUUGAGAGUGUGCUCUGCGAGCGGAGGUGAAGAAGAGGAGGAUGAAGCAGGGAGCGGAGGAUGGGAGGAAGAGUGGAGUAAAGAGACAGGCGGUUUGUGCGUGAAUGACCGAGUGAGGACGAGGACAAGAAGGUCGUCAGAGGGAGACAAUCCAAUGCUUCGGGGACACCCUAAGGAGUAUUGCUGACGGAAACUUUGAACUUUUUUUUUACCCGCCACUGCUGUGCCGGGAGCCGGCUUUGUUUCACCGCUGGGGCGUCUCUAAAUGAAGGAAUAAAAUAGAUCCCUGUCGACCUUUGCUGUCCAAGUGGGGGAUUACCCUGGAGCCCAUUUUAAUCCAGGAUACUAAAGAAUGGCGGCCAACAUGUAUCGAGUGGGAGAUUACGUUUACUUUGAGAACUCCUCCAGCAACCCGUACCUCAUCCGCAGAAUAGAAGAGCUCAACAAGACGGCUAAUGGGAACGUGGAGGCCAAGGUGGUGUGUCUCUUCAGGCGACGAGACAUCUCAGGCAACCUCAACACGCUGGCUGACAGCAACGCACGAGAGUUUGAGGAGGAGUCCAAGCAGCCAACACUGUCUGAACAACAGAAGCACCAACUCAAACACAGAGAGCUCUUCCUCUCUCGACAGUUUGAAUCCCUACCCGCCACUCACAUAAGGGGCAAAUGUAAUGUCACCCUCCUCAAUGAAACAGACGUUCUGUCAGGCUACUUAGAGAAAGAGGACUGUUUCUUCUAUUCACUGGUGUUCGACCCAGUCCAAAAGACCCUGCUGGCGGACCAGGGAGAGAUCCGGGUGGGCUCCAAGUACCAAGCAGAGGUCCCCGACAAACUCGCAGAGGGUGAACCAGACAACCGGGUCCAGGAGAAGCUGGAGACAAAGGUGUGGGACCCCGACAACCAACUCAAAGACCCUCAAAUUGACCAGUUCCUUGUGGUGGCAAGAGCUGUUGGGACAUUUGCUCGAGCACUGGACUGCAGCAGCUCCAUCCGCCAGCCCAGCCUUCACAUGAGUGCAGCUGCCGCCUCCAGAGACAUCACACUGUUCCAUGCCAUGGACACGUUGCAGAAAAACAAUUAUGACCUGGCCAAAGCUAUGUCUACCCUGGUGCCCCAGGGCGGCCCUGUGCUGUGUCGUGAUGAGAUGGAGGAGUGGAGUGCCUCUGAGGCCAUGUUGUUUGAGGAAGCUCUGGAGAAAUAUGGCAAAGACUUCAACGACAUCCGUCAGGACUUUCUGCCUUGGAAGUCCUUAGCUAGCGUAGUGCAGUUCUACUACAUGUGGAAGACUACAGACCGCUACAUCCAGCAGAAACGACUAAAGGCAGCGGAGGCAGAUAGUAAGCUGAAGCAGGUUUACAUCCCCACCUACACCAAACCCAACCCCAAUCAGAUCAUGGUGCCAGGCAGCAAGCCUGGGAUGAACGGUGCUGCAGGCUUCCAGAAAGGUCUCAACUGCGAGAGCUGUCACACGGCACAGUCACCUCAGUGGUACGCUUGGGGCCCCCCCAACAUGCAGUGCAGGCUCUGCGCUUCCUGUUGGAUCUACUGGAAGAAGUAUGGAGGCUUGAAGACUCCCACGCAGCUAGAGGGCGCUACAAGAACUGGCUCUUCGGGGCCCCGUGGACACAUGACCCGCCAGGAGGUCCAGGGCUUAUCGCCGUUCACUCGAAAUGAGGGGCGAGCCAAGCUGCUGGCCAAGAACCGCCAGACUUUCAUCCUGCAGACCACCAAGCUCACCCGUGUAGCUCGUCGGGUCUGCGAGGAUAUCCUGCAGCCUCGCCGAGCCGCACGACGGCCAUACGCAUCCAUUAACGCCAACGCCGUCAAAGCUGAGUGUAUGAUCCGCUUGCCCAAGGCGACAAAAACUCCUGCGAAGAACAAAGUGGUGCCUCGACAGUCGCUGGCCAACAUUGUGAAGGAUUUAGCCAUCUCUGCUCCUCUCAAGCUGAAGGCAUCUAGAGGACCCCCAACACCCAUCAACAGGAACCAGGCCAGCCAGCCACGAGUGGGCCAAGGCCUGUUGGGAAAGAGAGGCUUUGACAGUGCCACAGGAAUGCCCUACUCAGCCAAUGGGAGGUCUUACACAUCCGGCAUGAGGACCACCUCCCAGUCUGUCAUUAAACGUCAGAAGGUCAGCCAGGGAGAAGCCCCCAACCCUGUUGUGUUUGUGGCCACCAAGGACACCAGGGCUUUGAGGAAACAUCUGACUCAAUCAGAGAUGCGACGAGCAGCGAGGAAGCCUCAUCUUCCCGUCCGGAUCAAGCUGCCUCCGCCCCCUCGCCCCCCGGCCAUACCCCUGCUCCCCUCUAGCACCAGCGAGCCCAUCGUCCUGGAGGACUGAAGGAAGGGGCUUUCUUUUUUAGCGGGGCAGGGACAAGGGUCUCUGUCAUUACCUGCCGUCUUUUACUUCCCAUUUCUCUUUAGCCCCCCCCAACCCGCUCCAAGUGAUUCUUUCCAAGACAUACACAUUUAACACACACACACCUCAGGCUUUGUAGGAUUUUAUUCUAGAUCCUGAAUUGCUUUUUAAUGCCCUUUGCUUUUUAUAUGUGUAAUUUAAAUGGAGCUAUUUUUUUUCCUUCCUCUCCAUCUUGAAAUGUUGAUGAUAAAGCACACUUUGUCCACAUCGA